AAGAGAGAGUGACAGUGAGAGAGAGAGAGAUAUAUAUAUAUAUAGAGAGAGAGAGAGAGAGAGAGAGAAUUCCAUAAAUCUCUCUGUUUUUAUCUCUCUUGAGUUUCAUCGAAGCAAUGGCCGACGAACCUUUGGUCACUCGCUGGUCCUUUCAGGAUUUUAAAAUAUUUUAUGAUGCAAAGUUUGGUAGAAAGAAAACACCGGAAUCGCGAAACGGCCAUUCCAGUACUGAUCCAGCAGUCGUGAAUAAUGGAAGUUCUUCGGGUGUGACAUCAAAUGGAAGCGCUCAUGUGAACACAUCUGACUUGGCCAUCUACGAGCAGUUCCGUAGCCAGGGGAGGAGUUCGAUUCACUCCAAUGGAGGUUUAUCUGACCGUAUGGAUGACAAACCGCAGAAAUCUCUGCUUCCUGCUUUUGAAUCAGCAGAAAUGCGUGCUUUAGCAGAGAGUUUAAGUAGGGACAUAGUUCGUGGGAGUCAGGAUGUAAAGUGGGAAAGCAUCAAGGGUCUAGAGAAUGCCAAACGAUUGCUUAAAGAAGCCGUGGUCAUGCCAAUAAAAUAUCCCACGUAUUUUACUGGCCUUUUAUCACCAUGGAAGGGUAUUCUCCUUUUUGGCCCUCCUGGGACAGGAAAGACAAUGCUUGCAAAGGCUGUUGCAACAGAGUGCAAUACCACAUUUUUCAAUAUUUCAGCAUCAUCUAUUGUCAGUAAAUGGCGUGGUGACUCAGAGAAGCUGGUAAAGGUUCUAUUUGAGCUUGCUAGGCACCAUGCACCAUCAACUAUAUUUAUUGAUGAAAUUGAUGCCAUCAUUAGCCAACGUGGUGAAGCACGCAGUGAACAUGAAGCGAGUAGGCGUUUGAAGACUGAGCUACUCAUACAGAUGGAUGGAUUAACAAGGACAGAUGAACUUGUUUUUGUUUUGGCGGCAACAAACCUUCCAUGGGAAUUAGAUGCAGCCAUGCUCCGGCGUCUUGAGAAGCGAAUCCUAGUGCCUCUGCCGGAACCCGAAGCGAGAAGAGCCAUGUUUGAGGAACUCCUGUCACAGCCUGGUAAUGAGAAUCUCCCAUAUGAUUUGUUGGUAGAAAGAACAGAAGGUUACUCAGGUUCAGAUAUCCGGUUAUUGUGCAAAGAGGCUGCCAUGCAGCCUUUGAGACGCUUGAUGACAUUACUUGAAGAGAGACAGGAUGUGGUGCCUGAGGAUGAACUGCCCAAGGUCGGACCAAUCAGUCAUGAAGAUGUAGAGAAUGCACUUAAGAACACAAGGCCAUCUGCACAUCUCCAAGCUCACCGCUAUGAGAAGUUCAAUGCUGACUAUGGUAGUCAAAUACUCCAAUGAAGGCACUCAUUAGUAUUUUUUGACAAUUAUAUCUAUUUUUUUCUGCUAUUAUUAGCAAUACGAUAUUAUUCAUUGUUUGACCACCAAGAGUUUUUGAGGUAUGUUAUGUGAGGCAAUCGUAAAAGUUAGUAUUUUGCCCCACAGUAGUGAUUUUUUAUUUCUUAGUUUUGGGUAAAGGGGCGAUGGCUGAAAUAUGUUAUAGGAUAACACUUUCUCCCUACAAAAUGCUUUCAGCUUCUAUUCUUGUAGAAUAAUAGCACGAUUGCUGAGAAUUAAUGUUGUUGAUGCUGAACAAAUUAAAAUGCAGGGCCAUUAUGUUUCA